AUGGAAGGUGAUAUAUUUUCAGGAAUUGGAAACGGAUCACAAUUAGGAGUAGAUGGGAAAGUACUACAAACAUUUCAAAAGAGCUUUGUUCAAGUCCAAAACAUUUUGGAUCAAAACAGACUGCUGAUCAAUGAAAUCAAUCAGAAUCAAGAAUCUAAAUUACCUGUUAACUUGACAAGAAACGUGGGUCUAAUCAGAGAACUCAACAACAAUGUUAAAAGAGUGGUUGAUCUUUAUGGUGAUCUUUCAAACUCUUUUAGCAAAUCAAUGGAUGCAUCAUCUGAAGCUGAGUCAGGUGGGACAACAAGAUCUGAUGGGAAAAAAAGAGUGAGGUCUGGCUAA